UCCGUAUUUUGGUAAGAUACCAGGAAGUGCGGAAGACGACGACGACUAAAACCAGAAACGAUCGACGGAGCUACGCAUAAAUCCGGCUUUAUUUUUCCCUUUUUGAGGGCUCUUUCGAUAACAACUUUGUGACCGUUGAAACAACCGUACAAUACCCAUCAUGAGCAUGGAAAAGCAUCUUUUCAAUUUAAAGUUUGCCGCCAAAGAACUCCAGAGAAACUCCAAGAAAUGCGACAAAGACGAGAAAACAGAGAAGGCGAAAGUCAAGAAAGCCAUCCAGAAGGGCAACAUGGAAGUGGCGAGGAUCCAUGCGGAGAACGCCAUCAGACAGAAGAACCAGUCUGUGACCUACUUGAGGAUGGGCGCUCGGGUGGAAGCGGUGGCCGCAAGAGUCCAAACUGCUGUCACAAUGAACCAGGUGACCAAAUCUAUGGCUGGAGUGGUGAAAGGCAUGGAUAUGACUCUGAAGUCAAUGAAUUUGGAGAAGAUUUCAGCCCUCAUGGACAAAUUUGAGCGCCAGUUUGAGACGCUGGAUGUUCAGACAGCGCAGAUGGAAGACACAAUGAGUAGCUCCACAACACUGAGUACUCCGCAGACCCAAGUUGAUUCAUUGCUACAUGAGUUGGCAGAUGAAGCAGGAUUGGACCUGAACCUGGAGCUUCCCGAGGGACAGAUGGGAUCGGUGAGCACCACCGUGGCCUCAGCAGAACAGGACGAGCUGUCUCAAAGGCUGGCCAGACUCCGAGAACAAAUGUGAAGGACAAGUGCUGUGGGCGCGACGUACCACAGAGACCUGUCCAUGCACUACAUUAAUAUUAUUUUCACCAUAUCUCUUUCUCCUCUUUACAUUGGUGAAUUGCUCCUAUAACUUUAAAAUUAAACAUUUUGGAUUUGUUGGUUUUGGAAAAUGUCCAUAUGUAAGGUUAUUCUAAAACGUUUCCACUGAAGAACUUGCAAACAAGUAAAUGGUGUGGUAUAUUUUACCAUGAUAUAGAGGCCAAUGCCAGAGAAUUGCAGUGAAUAAACGCUGGGCCGCGAAAGUCUUUUGUUCUCCGUGUACUGUAUGACUUGUUAUUCUUGUAUUGCUGCGUGAGAGACGUUGCUUAUCCCUUACUGAUGACGAGGCCUUGCGUGGUAAGCUACUGAUCAUUUGGUUUGGGGCUUCAGUUUGCAGAUUACAAACAAUAAACUUUUAUAAUAAUA